AUGACAGGAUCUAACUAUCAAGUCUUCAUCAGUGGGGAGCAAGACAACAAGGUCAUUGAGAAGCGCCGCAAUAUCUAUAUUCGCCCGUUUCUGCUUUUUUGGCUUAAUUCGUUAUUCGCCGAAAUCAUUUUCCUCGCAGUUGGUGUUUUCAUAAUGACCGGUACCCGCGAUCUCUUCUACAAAGUUAUGUGGACUUUGGUUUUCUGUCCCUUGGGUAUGGGUGGGACAAUGGGGGGGGUCUGA